GUCAGUAGACUGUCUGUGUGUGGCACAGGGUUGCAUUGCUGGACGAAAGGGAAAUGCUCGAGCGGCGAAGUACAACGUUACACUUUUAAACGUUCCAAACCUCUUCAAAUUCGGAAGUAUAUUUUUGGCAGUGUUUUCUGGGGAUUACACGAACAUUUUUCGCGCCGUGGAGUUUGGCGUCUCUUUAUUCCUUUGCCUCGGAGAAGCUGAUUCUCAUCGAGUCUCUUCUUGUGAUAGAGCGAGCACACGAGAGAUGUUCGCCACCGUUCGCGUCCACCAGGAACCAUAUCUUUCUCUCAGAUAUUGAAGCAGUGAUUAACAUUUCAGAAGUUACUGGAACAGUGGAAGUGUUUCGGCAGUUCGGACGCACAAAGACAGCAGCAGAGAUCUGAGAGGAUUUUUGCCCCCAGCGUCCAGUGGGCUUCGUGUCCGGCUGAUUUUUACAGUACAGUGGCGUGCCAGUGGACACCCCCACCAAAUAGACCUCCAAUAAAUCAAGGAUACAUUUCAAGAUGUAUCCACAGGGCCGGCAUCCGGCGCCCCACCAGCCUGGUCAGCCAGGCUUCAAAUUCACAGUGGCGGAGUCCUGUGACAGGAUCAAAGACGAAUUUCAGUUCCUGCAAGCCCAGUAUCACAGUCUUAAAGUGGAGUACGACAAACUAGCCAAUGAGAAGACCGAGAUGCAGCGCCAUUAUGUCAUGUACUAUGAGAUGUCCUAUGGGCUGAACAUUGAAAUGCACAAACAGACCGAGAUUGCCAAAAGGCUCAAUGCGAUUCUAGCCCAGAUUAUGCCUUUUCUGUCACAAGAGCACCAACAGCAAGUAGCACAAGCUGUUGAACGUGCAAAGCAAGUGACAAUGACUGAACUGAAUGCUAUCAUCGGGCAGCAGCAGCUCCAGGCCCAGCACCUCUCUCACGCUGUCCACGGCCCCAUGGCUUUACCUCCCCACCCUUCUGGCCUUCAGCCACCAGGAAUCCCACCGGUCACCGGCUCUGGCUCGGGCCUGUUGGCUCUAGGAGCCCUGGGAAGUCAGCCACACUUGCCGGUGAAGGAUGAAAAAAACCACCAUGACCUAGAGCACCGAGAGAACACGAACAACUCGAUUUCUCCAUCAGACAGCCUGCGCACAACCAGCGAGAAACACCGCGCCUCCUCCGAUUAUAGCUUGGACUCCAAGAAACGCAAAGUGGAAGACAAGGACAGCAUGAGCCGAUAUGACAGUGACGGAGACAAAAGUGAUGAUCUGGUGGUUGACGUUUCCAACGAGGACCCUGCCACACCCAGAGGCAGCCCUGCCCACUCCCCUCCUGAGAAUGGCAUAGAUAAGCCCCGCCCAGCAAAGAAGGAUACGCCCAACAGCCCUGCCUCUGUGGCCUCCACCGGCAGCACCCCCUCCUCUAAGAACAAGGAGCACGGCCAUAAUGACAAAUCCUCCACGCCUGGUCUGAAGUCCAACACCCCCACGCCUCGUAACGAUGCCCCCACCCCGGGUACCAGCACCACCCCUGGGCUGCGGCCCAUCCUAGGCAAGCCUCCAAUGGAAGCUCUUGCCGCCCCUGCUCUGCGCACCCCCCUCUCUUACCCAACUCCCUUUGCCAUGAUGAGCCACCAUGAGAUUAAUGGUUCUCUGACCAGUCCUGGAGUCUAUGCCGGCCUUCAUAUCUCUCCUCAGAUGAGUGCAGCCGCAGCCGCUGCCGCUGCCUACGGACGCUCACCCAUGGUGAGGUGUUUCAUCAUUGUUGCUGAUGAUACCUACCACAGUUGUGUCAUCAGCAAACUUGAUGAUGUGGUUGCAGCUGAACUUGGCAGUGCAGUCGUGGGUCAGCAGCGUGAAGAGCAGCGGGCUGAGUACACAGCCUUGAGGGGCACCUGUGCUCAGUGUGAUAGUGCUGGAGUGGGUAAGAGCCAGGUGGAGGGUGGAGGAAAUGGCAUCGUCCGUGGAGCGGUUUGGACGAACCGGGACAACUAUAUUCGAUCCUGUAAGCUAUUGCCUGAUGGCCGCACUCUUAUCGUCGGAGGGGAGGCCAGCACACUGACCAUUUGGGAUCUUGCCUCCCAGACACCCCGCAUCAAAGCCGAGCUGACCUCCUCCGCACCGGCCUGCUACGCACUGGCCAUCAGCCCCGAUGCCAAGGUGUGCUUCUCCUGCUGCAGCGAUGGAAACAUUGCCGUUUGGGACCUCCACAACCAGACCCUCGUCAGGCAAUUCCAAGGCCACACAGAUGGUGCCAGCUGCAUUGACAUCUCUCAUGAUGGCACCAAGCUCUGGACGGGUGGUCUUGACAACACAGUCCGCUCCUGGGACCUGAGAGAGGGACGGCAACUCCAGCAGCAUGACUUCACAUCUCAGAUCUUCUCCCUGGGCUACUGUCCUACGGGCGAGUGGCUGGCUGUCGGCAUGGAAAGCAGCAACGUGGAGGUGCUCCACCAUACCAAACCUGACAAGUACCAGCUGCACCUUCACGAGAGCUGCGUUCUCUCUCUCAAGUUUGCCUACUGUGGUAAAUGGUUCGUGAGCACUGGGAAGGACAAUCUGUUGAAUGCAUGGAGGACUCCCUACGGCGCCAGCAUAUUCCAGUCAAAGGAAUCAUCCUCAGUCCUGAGCUGUGACAUAUCAGCCGAUGACAAGUACAUUGUUACAGGCUCUGGAGACAAGAAGGCCACGGUGUAUGAAGUGAUCUACUAGACUGCGAGGUAACAGACUGGAGCAGCUCAGGCCUCUGGAGGAGGAAGGGGGGACACACAACUUCUCACUCCAGUGACUCUCCUAGUCAAACAGACAGGAAAAGCCCUUGUCUGUCUGUCUGACUGUCUGUCUCACACUCACUGACUUUUAACUGACUGACCACAGAUGUGGAAGAGUGGACGCUGGGGUGACAUGGACUAGGACACAAAUGUGCAGCCCUACAGACCCCAUACACUCUGCUCAGUUCAUAUGGCACUAGAGAACACUCAAUGUUUCCUUCCUUGCCGUUUUUGUUUUGUUUUUUGCUUCAAAUCUUUCUAUGUUGGAUUUUGGGUCUAUUUUUUUCCUCACUAUGCAGUGAGAACGUUCCAUAAUGCAUCGUGAAGCAGCGCUUCGUUCUGAAACUUCAUCUGUGUGGAGGGUAUGUGAAAAGUGUACAUAAUGGAGUAUUAAAAUGCCUUUUAUAGAUUUAUA